AUGUAUCUCGGCUCAGAUACUGGCGCCCUCCCUUCCGGCGCCCAGAAAUGGGACCUCACGCGAGUCCUCCCCCGGGAAGCCAAGGAAACAUGUCACGACGAUCUGCAAUCAAAUACCUGUGAAAAACCCGGCCUGACAACAGGAGAAACCCUAAUAGUCCUUCUCAUCGCUAGUCUCGUCAUUGCCCUUGGCAUCGUAGGGCUCCUGUGCUUCUUCCACCGCCGCAAACAACGCCUGGAUAAGCUCGAAGACCUCAAAGACGUGCAAGAACUCGACGACUACGGCCUCGCGCCCACCAAACCAAAGCCCGUUCAAAUGCCCCAAGCACCGCCGCCGACGUACGAAAGAUCCCAGGACCGCAAAGCAGAUGGAAAUUGGGGGAAACCGAACAGGGACUCGACAGAUUCGCUAACACCGUCGCUUCGCCAAGCCAUGGGCGUAACGCCCCGCGAUGCGCUGGCCAAUAGCUGA